AUGACCUCUUUGUCGCAACCGAUAGACUAUGCUGCACUGCAGCAAAGAACGUGGAAAAAGCCGGAGCCGAUAACGCCUGAGCCCACUCUGCACGUGUGGAACAGUUUGACGCGGACCAAGCAGCCGUUUGUGCCGGAGCGCGCGCGACAUGUUACAUGGUACAACUGCGGCCCGACCGUGUACGAUGCGAGCCAUAUGGGCCAUGCGCGCAACUAUGUCACGCAAGACGUGAUUCGCCGGAUCAUGCGCGACUACCUCGGCUACGAUAUCCAGUUUGUGAUGAACAUCACCGACAUCGACGAUAAGAUUAUAGUGCGCGCACGCCAGGCAUAUCUCCUGCAGCAGUUCAAGGCGCAGCAUCCAGUGCUGAGCAAGGUGCUUCUUGAUACCGUACAAGCUGCAUGGCGCGCCUUUUUUGCCAAGACGCUGGCCAAGUUUGCGCCGCCCGCGCCGCCGCACGAGAGCGAGGCCGAUCCCGAGGACGCGGAGCGUGCGCGGCAUGGCGAGGCAGGCUGGGAGGCGCUCGUGCUUCUCGAGACCGAUCCUGUGUGGCGCGACAAGGCGGCACAGGAGGAGCCGAAAUUUGCAAUGCAGUUUCGCACGCUGCAAGCGUCGCGCGACGCGCAAAUUGCCGCUGCAAUGGCGCUCGGCGCCGCAUCACACACUGCUGGCGAAGCGCACGCGUUGAUCGAUGCAUCCGCAGACGUUCUCAUGGCGCACCUGGACGCCACGCUUGGGCACACGGUCAACGACCCCGCCGUUUUUCGCGAGCUUGCGGCCUAUUGGGAAGGCGCUUUUUUCGGCGAUAUGGAGCGCCUGCAUGUAGAGCGGCCCACGACGCUGACCCGUGUGAGCGAGUACGUGCCCGAGAUUGUGCAGUUCAUUGAGCGGAUCCUUGCGAACGGGUAUGCAUACGCAGACGAUGCCUCGCCAGAGAGCAAGAAUGUUUGGUUCGAUACCCACGCUUUUGACGGCAGUCCUGCCGAAACCCCCGGCGAUGCACACCACUAUGCCAAGCUUGCACCGUGGAGCAAAGGCAACCGCGCCCUGCUCGAAGAAGGCGAGGGCACGCUCUCUUCCACGCGUGGAAAGCGGCACGCGGCCGACUUUGCGCUGUGGAAACGUGCCAAGCCCGGCGAGCCGUUUUGGGACUCGCCAUGGGGCCCGGGUCGUCCUGGGUGGCACAUUGAAUGCAGUGUGAUGGCGUCCGAAGUGCUUGGCAAGAAGGUCGACAUCCAUUCCGGCGGCGUGGACCUCAUAUUUCCCCACCACGACAAUGAGCUCGCACAGAGCGAGGCGUUCCACGGAGAAGCGCAGUGGAUCAAUUACUUUUUGCACACGGGUCACUUGCACAUCGAAGGCCUCAAGAUGAGCAAGAGUUUGAAAAAUUUCAUCAGUAUUGACGAGGCGUUGGAGCGCUUCACUGCGCGGCAGCUUCGGCUGGCCUUUCUCAUGCAGCCAUGGCACGCAAAGAUGGAUUUCCGCGAGUCCGCGAUGGGCGAAGUGCGCAGCGUCGAGGCUACCUUUAACAACUUUUUUGCCGGCACCACCGCACUCCACCGCGAUCACGGCGCCUCGUUUUCCGAUGGCCAGCACCACUACGGCACUACAGAGAAGCAGCUUGCGGCACAGUUGACCGAUACACAAGUCCAGUUCCGCGCGGCCAUGUGCGAUAACUUCGACACGUCGCGCGGUGUAAGUGUCUUGCUGCAGCUUGUUUCGCGUGCGAAUGUGUACGAGCGUGCUACACCGCGUGCGGCGCUGAAUGUGCCGCUGUUGGUCAGCAUUGCCGAGUACGUCGCGCGGAUGCUGCGCAUGUUUGGGCUUGGCGAGGGCAGCGUUGCACCCGGCCAGCUGAGCUGGGGCACGGCGCAGGCGGAAACAGUGCAAGGCAGCGAAGAAGUGGCCCUGCCGUACCUCCGCGUCCUCUCCAGCUUCCGCGACGCGAUUCGUCAGCUUGCACGCGCGAAUGCACCGCAUGCGACGCUGCUAAGCCUUGCAGAUAAGCUCCGCGAUGUGGACUUGACCGAGCUGGGCGUCGCGCUCGAGGACCAAGAAGAUGGCAAGGCGAUGCUCAAGUUCGUCCCCAAGGAGCAGAUCUUGGCGCAGCGUGCUGAAAAAGAGCGGAUGGUAGCUGAGAAGGCGGAGCGCAAAGCGCAAGCUGCGGCGCAGGCGCGUGAGAAGCGUGCGGCGCUGCUGGAAAAAGGGCGCGUCGCGCCUGGGGACAUGUUCCGCGCGCCGCAUGUGCACAACUUUGGCGCGUGGGAUGCACAAGGGAUCCCUACUGCCGACGACAAGGGCGAGGCGCUAGCAAAAAAGCGGCGCAAAAACCUGGAGAAGGAGUAUGAGCGGCAGUGCAAGCUGCAUGCGGAGUACCUUGCCGCGAAGGAUGCGGGUGAGAUUAAGUAG